AUGGAGUUUGAAGAGAAGAAGGAUGAGGAGCUGAACCUGGAGCUGGGGCUGGAGCCGUCGAGUCCGCCGGAGCCGGAGAGGAUGUUCAGGUGCACUUACUGCCGGCGAAAGUUCCACAGCUCGCAGGCGUUGGGAGGGCACCAGAACGCCCACAAGCUAGAGCGGAGCAUCACGAGGCGGAGAUGGGAGCUGGCGGCAGCUGCGGCCGCGGCCGCUCGGCCUGCUCGGUCGACGUCGUCCAGCCACGCAGCGGCGCGAGUUGGCGUGCAUGAGGGGAGGGAACAGGGAGUGGCCGACGACAAUGGCGGAUUGGACGAUAAGGUGCGGCUCGGCGACGAGAUCGACUUGUCCUUGAGACUGUGA